GGUAUUACUUCAGGGUUCCCUCACGGAACGGAACAAAAGGCGCACACAAUCGCCAAAGAGAAAAAGAACCCUCAACCAAACAACAACAACAACAAAAAAAAAGCCCUAGAAAAGAUUUUGGAGAAGCAAUUUCUCACUCCUGAAAAUCUCAUCCUCUUCUUCUUUACAUUUGUUUUGGAUAAAACAUUUUGCUGAUACUGAAUUUUAUUUUCUCUUGUUUUCGUUUCUUUUCGACCUUUUUUUUUUCUGCUUCGUUGUUUUCAGGGAGAAAGGGAUAGGAGUAAUAAAAGAGAGUGCAUUCGGUUUGGUUCUUCGCCUCGGGACUCGAAUCUUCGAUGCCUCUCUGUUUUUUCUUCUCUGGCGCCUCUUUUUCUAUUCUCAAAUUAGGGUUUCCGUGAGCGUUCCUUUUUCUCGAUUCUCCGCAAACUAUUAUCAUUGUUAGGGAAGGUGAUUUGCGUUUGGACAUAAUGUCGUCAAAAUAUCAGAUUCUUGACAACCGCCCUAUUAAUCAGUGGAAGGUUACAGAGCUAAAAGAUGAGCUGAAGAGGAGGAAGUUAAGUAUCAAGGGUUUGAAGGAUGAUUUGGUCAAGCGUUUGGAUGAAGUCCUUCGUCUUGAAAGGGAGGCUGACGAGGCUUCUGAGAAGGAUGAGGCCAAUGGUUUCGAUGGUCAUGUAGAUGGGGAAAAAGAUUCAGAGGCGGUUACUGUGGAUGCUGAAAUGGUUGAUUCAACUGACAGGGACAAUGCCAAAACAUUUGAGACUGCUGAAAAGGGCAAGAGCGGUGUAGUUGAUCCUGUUGAAAUAGAAAAUGUGGAAAAGAUUCCGGAGGUUGUGGAUCACGACAGCAAUAAGAAUGACAAGCAGGAUGGUGUUACCAACCAAGUUGACAUUAAUAAUAGUGUGUCAGCCAUAGAUCAAGAGGUUGAACCUAAGGGCUUGCCAGCUGGUGGAGAUUCUGCAAAUGUGGGACAGGAGGCAAUUGCCCAUGGUUCUACUGUGGAGAAGACUACCAUUACAGUUAAUGAGAGUGUAGUAACAGAAGUAGUGGCCAGUGCUGAGGAUUCUUAUCGUGCAGAAAAGAAUAAUGAGGAUUCAGCAGCAAAGCUGGAGAAUGAGGAGUCAAAGGCGCAGCUGGAUGGUGAGGACUCAAAGCCCCAGCUGGAUUGUGACAUCAAGCCCUUGCAUGAGGAUCCUGUGCCCGACUCUUCUGUUCCAGAAAACCAGGUAUCUGAGGUCAACCCUAGUUUAGGGUCUCAAGUAAAAUCUGAUUCUAUUUCUACUGAUUCUCUGUCAAUUAAUCAAAAGAAUGAACUAAAGGAUACUAUAAUUACUGAUAAUGUCAAAUUAGAACAAGAUAUUGUUAAGCCAGAGAUGGUGGAAGAACCAUCAUCCAGAAAUGAUGUACCUGUUUCUUAUGAUGAAUCACAUUCAAUGGAUGUUGGAGGGCUGCAUGAGAAAAAGGCAUCUGUUGAAGAAAAUUUCAAUAAUGUUUUAAGUCCAGACAUGAACAAGACCAAUAGCAGCGAUGAUGUGGGGUAUCCCGAAGAGUUGAACUUGGACAGAAGUUCUGGUGAUGAUUCUAUGGAAGAGGAUUUGCCUGAGACUAAGCAAAUUGAUUCUAAGUUUAAUGUUGAUGAACUUAAAGACAAAAUAGAGAUUGAAGAGCCUAUUGUGAAGGAGGAAAGUAGUACUAUAGCUGUUGGAGAUGGUCUGUCUGCAGGAGAAAGUGAUAUCCACCAAGAUAUUGACAUUAGUCCAGUUGCUCCAACAGAGAAACGAAAAUUUAAUGAACAAGCAUCAGUUGGGAACAAUGAGCCUGCAAAAAGGCAACGCAGGUGGAACACUGAAACAGUUAAAGGUCCAGAUGCACAAAGCACUACUCCCAGGCCUGCUACUACACCUAGAGAUGAGCCAAUUGCUUUGAAACGCAACUUCUCUAGGUCUGAUUCCUCUGCAACUGAUGAUACACCUAAAGAACGCAUUGUUCCACCACCACAAAGGUCCCCAACUAAUUCCCUCAGGAUUGAUCGUUUUCUCCGUCCAUUUACCCUAAAAGCAGUGCAAGAACUUCUUGGUAAGACUGGGAAUGUCAGCAGCUUCUGGAUGGACCAAAUAAAGACCCAUUGCUAUGUGACUUACUCGUCUGUGGAUGAAGCCAUUGAGACACGGAAUGCUGUAUAUAAUUUGCAAUGGCCACCAAAUGGUGGGCGUCUCUUAGUUGCUGAGUAUGUUGAUCCUGAAGAAGUGAAAAUGAAGUUAGAACCUCCUCCUACUCAGGCUGCAUCUGUCAGCACUGUCCCAGCAGUUCCUCCUGCACCUCCCUCACAGCCAGAGCCUUCCCCUCGUCUGCACAGGGAGCCGCAUCCAGUUCCAGCUACUCUCCCACCUCCACCACCAUUGUCAAAACCCCCACCAGUAGCAAGAGAACGGCUUCCAUCUCCACCACCCCUUCCUGAGAAAGUUGACCCACCCAUUGUCACUCUGGAUGAUCUCUUUCGCAAAACCACAGCCACUCCUCGGAUCUACUAUCUACCUUUGUCUGAAGAGCAAGUUGCCUCAAAACUUACAGCACAGGGUAAAAGCGCGAGGCAGUAGAUAGGCCAUUAGCCUGCAAAUCUUCUUCCCUUGCAGCCUUUACUGAUUUGGAUAUUUUAAUUAGUGGUAUGGGAUUAUUUUGAAUGUCUUGGCAGAUCUGGUGGUGUUUUGUCUCGGGAAGAAAUUGCAUUGCUUGAGACUUAAAUUUAUUUAGUUUUAGAAGUCGUGAACUAAGAGCUACCGGGGUUGGAUAGAUUUUCCCCACUGUUUGAACUAGGCUUGAGCGAACCUUUACCUAAAAUUUUAUGGAAAAAUUUGACGUUAGAAUAUGUUUAUAUUCCUAGCCACGAAUUUUGUUUUCGGUAGCUGGCUUUUUCU